CGGACUUCUCGUUUGCGCUGCAUAAGCGACGAGGACAGUAUGUGGUGCGAUGGAUGGUGGGCCGAUAAGGCGGAGCUUAAGCCUGGCAUAGGUGCAUCCUUGCCGUAACGGUAAUGGAGGUUGGGAGGCGAACAGCCUCAAGCCUGUGUAGCUAUGUCCUGGGCGUUUACUAAAAUCAGACAGGUUGACGUAUAAGACGCACGAUACGUGCACAGGCUCUGCAGCUUAGAGCAAGAGACUCAUAAUCCCUCCAGAGUCCACCUCGACCGCGCCCAACGCCAUCAACCUCCAGUAAGAUGUCGGAGCUCAUUCAAUCACCAUACCUCUGGCAAGAAUUUAAAGGCCAUAAAGACGGCAUAAGGGCAGUUGCAGUUUUCCCCGAUAAACGACGGAUGGUUACGGGCUCGGACGACAACACGCUUCGUCUGUGGGACUUGAAGACUGGUGAUGUGUUGAAGAAGAUGGAGGGGCAUCGUAGUUGGGUGCUGGCAUUGACAAUAUCACGAGAUGGGCAAUUAAUAGCAAGUGGUGAUGAGGGAGGAAAUAUCAUCAUCUGGCAUGGAGAAACUGGCGAAUCGCUCAUCCAACCCAUCAAAGCUCACUCCACUUAUACCACCUCGCUGAACUUUUCUCCUGAUGGAACAGUGCUGGCUACUAGUGCAUAUGACAAAACGACGAAGCUGUGGGACAUCAAAACCUGGGAGCAAUAUUCAAUAAAGUCUGGUAGUUGUGUCUACUGCAUACGGUAUUCGCCCUCUGGAGAACUUCUUGCCAUCGCAACAUUUGACAAUAUCGAAAUUUACGAGUUAGGCACGAGGACACGCGUCGCAAAGUUCAAGGGUCACACAAAAUACAAUUCGUCACUCGCAUGGACGCCCGAUGGCACACGCCUUCUCACAGGCGGCGAUUAUGACGAUCCUACCAUACGCGAAUGGGAUACAACAACCUGGAAGCAGGUCAGUGAUCCAUGGACAGGUCACUCUGACUGUAUCAAUGCCAUCGCCGUUAAUUCUGCUGGCACACUCGUCGCCUCCGCGUCUCAGGAUAACCAUGUCCAUGUCUGGCAGCUCUCAGAAGGACAAACCGUUGCCACCUUCAAGCACACAUCCUGGACUCUAUGCGUCACUUUCUCCAUGGACGGCAACUACAUCCUCAGUGGAGGUGCUGAUAAUAUGAUCUCGAAGUGGGCAGUACCUGAGGGUAUUCGUUCAAAGAUCCUAGCCAGCACCACAGCUCGCGAUGCAUGCAUAGAUGGAAACUUGUCUACCACUAAAAAUAUCAACACUGAUGCGAACAGCCAUACUUCCUACGCCCAUCGUUCAAAGAUCCUAGCUAUCACGUCAGCCCGUGAAGCAUGCAUUUAUGGAGACUUUUCUACUGCCGAAGAACUAUUCACGCAAGAUAUCAAAACCUAUCCAGACAACCAUACUUCCUACGCCCAUCGCUCGUUCGUUAUGGCGCAGAAACAUGACUGGAACCGCGCCCUUCAGGAUGCAAUCAAGUCUAUUAGCAUUCAACCCUCAUUAACAGGCUAUAUCUCCAAGGGCAUUGCCCUCUGCGGAACAGGCCAUGUUCGGAGCGCGAGGGUAGCAUUUGAUGUUGCAUCAAUGUACACAAAACAAGAUUCGCAAACCAUUUAUUUCCUGCUUUUGAUCAAAGUCAUCGCGCUCUUCAAUGCAGAUCAACACGACGAGGCAAGCCUGCUCCUCAAAGAACUUACUACCGGAUGUCCCAAUGCUGAUACUCGCGCAUAUCAUAUCGUGGAGGCAUAUCUACGCAUUCAGCUCGGACUCAAAGCCUUGGACGGUACACGUCACAACGAAGCUGCUGAGCACUUCACUGCCGCUCUCAACUCCAACGCUUUGUCAUCGAAAUCUGGUGUUCAUGACAUUUACGAGGAUUUGGUGGUGCUCUUCGGCUGGAAUCUCAAAUCGUUGUGGCUCACUGCACACCAGAAACGGUGUGAUGCACUCCUUCGGGCAGAUAAACUUCUAGAUGCCAUUGAAUCAUACCGAUUCUUGAUGGACGAUAUCGACGAAAAAGCGAAGGCCAGCUGCCUUGAAUGGUCUAACGCUUUCACAAGAAAAUGCAGUGCGCUAGUUCUUACCAGGGGAGAUGCUGCCCUUGCUGCAAACGAUUUUGAAAGGGCCAUUGACCUCUAUUCUGCAGCGAUUGACCUAUCUCCUCCAUCUGAUGCUGUCUUUGCAAAGCGUAGUCAGGCAAAGUUGGGGAAAAUGAUGUGGAUGGAAGCACUUCUCGAUGCGCAGAAGGUCAUCCGACUCGAUCCUUCAUCUCAUAUUGGGUACAAGUUGAAACACGCAGCAUUUCAUGGCGCCCAAAGCUAUGAUGAAGCUAUUACGGCCUUUAAAAUGAUGCUCUCAAAAUUGGAUGAUACUCCUGACGCUGAGACACGAAAGUUGCGACAGCAGUAUCUCAGUCCAUCCGAAGCAGAGCUUAUUAUUCAAAAGAUCAUCGAUGCUCAACUUGACAAUGCGCCGCUGCGUGUACUCGACACCACCACCGGUCUCUUAUGCGAUCGAAAGGCGCAGAUAGGCAUCUUCAAAUCAAGCAUAGAGUAUAUGGAACUCUUAUCAUCAACAAUCACGCAUCGAGAUAUCCAAGCGAAGCGCAUUGAAGAAGUGGUGAUUUCAUGCUUCCAAUAUGUUAUGCUAUCGCACAGGUGGGAAGGGAAGGAGCCGCUGCUGCAGGAUAUACAGGGCAAGGUGGUCUAUGAGUUAGAUCCGGUUGGCGGCAUCAAGAAGUUGCAGUCCUUUUGCAAGACUGCUCGUGAUUUGGGGUAUCGCUGGGCAUGGAGCGAUACAUGCUGUAUUGACAAGAACAUCGACGUUGAGCUCCAAGCAUCGGUCAAGUCCAUGUUCGCCUGGUAUCACCACUCCGCACUCACGGUCGUAUACCUCUCGGAUGUUCCGCGUUUGUCAGAGACCGGUGCACUAGCAAAGAGCGCUUGGAAUACACGGGGAUGGACAGUUCAAGAAUUUCUCGCUCCCAAUGUCAUUCUCUUCUAUCAAAAGGACUGGACUCUUUAUCUUGGCGAUCGCACUCCCAACCACAAGGAUUCCGUGGCGAUUAUGCAGGAAUUGGAGGAGGCGACAGGCAUAGAUCGACAGGCCGUCGUGGCCUUCCGCCCUGGGAUGAGAGACGCCCGAGAGAAACUUCAGUGGGUGUCGACACGUACCACCACAUUGCAAGAAGACAUCGCAUACUCGUUAUUUGGCGUCUUUGGCGUCCGCCUACAUGUUGAUUAUACCGAAAAAAAGCAGAACGCACUCGGGCGGCUCCUACAGGAAAUCGUAGCUCAGUCGGGCGAUAUUACUGCCCUGGAUUGGAUCGGAAAGCCAUCAGAGUUCAAUAGCUGUCUACCAGCUGACAUUACUUCAUACAAAGCUCCACCAUGUAAGCUGCCAUCUUUAUCCGAAGAUGAGAUUCAGUCAGCGGUCUCUUCUCUGCGAGGUGUUGUAGCUCUACAGUCAGCUUCGAAAUUAUAUCAGACCCUUGACGACCUGAGCGCUCCCCGUUUUGCGCACCGCCGGUUGCAUCUGCCUUGCAUUGUAUUCACGGUCACAGAAGCCAGGCGGAGGCCAGGUCAAAUUCAGGACACAUUUUCAUAUGAACUCAAGUCAGACGGACUUUGCAACCUGCAGAUCACUACAGAAGACAAGUUCACCCCGUUCUCGCUAGCAAGGCCUCCGCCCGUCUGGCAGACAAUCUUGCUCGUUCGUCCAUGGAGUCGCGAUCUCCUCGGACUGUAUGACACUGCAGACGAUACACAGAGCGUGGAUAACUGGUCCAUAUCCCAAUCUUCGUCGCACGAUUCAAUCCCUGCACAAACCGGGUCGAUUGAUUGGGAUUCUCACUCGCGAGCCUUGCGAUUAAUGGUUCGCCUUGGACAGCCUUUUAAUGCAUUUUUGCUGGCGCGGCAGCGCGACGGAGAGUUCAAGAGGAUAGCAUCCAGCCGUGAUAUCAUUGCGCAGGUUAAAGACAUGACCCUUAUUAACUACUUGAUGGACAUCAGGAUACUGGAGGUAUUUAUCAUCGAGCCACCUCCCGAGAGAUUAAUAGCCCGAAUGAACCAGUUUUCCAAAUGCACCCGCUGAGAUCGAGCAUGGUACAAGUGUUAAACGUUAAAUUAUAGAUUUACACUCUAACUUGUCGAAUUUGUUGUGGAGCGACCAGUCAUGACAUUGUUUGUUGCGAACUAUAUGGCAUGGCAAGGCGGCGAAUCAAUAUUAAUCAAUGGCUAGGCAGCUGGACCCGA